AUGGAGGGCAGAGGAGCCUGUUUUAUCAGGAGUAGUGUCAACAUCGACCAAUAUCUUGCCGUUGAGAAUAUUGUACGGUCAGGAGAAACGAUUUCAAGCCGGGAAUUUACUGAAAGGAUUGGGGGAAAAGGUGCCAAUGCAGCGGUUGCAAUUUCCAAAGCGGGAGAACAUGUCUAUUUUUCUGGGCUGAUGGACAACCAGUCAGGUUGGCUAAAAGAUACCUUGAAUGGGUUCGGUGUUGAUGUUGAUGGAUUGAAAAUCUGCGACGAAAAAUCAAAGCUACCCACUGGCCGAGCGAUAAUCCAAGUUUCUCAUCAAACCGGCGAAAACGCAAUCGUGCUGGUUCCGGGCGCCAAUCAUGCACCACCUGAAUUCUGGCCUGACCUUGGACCUAUAUUGAAGCCGACCAAAUAUAGUUAUGCACUCCUUCAAAACGAAAUCCCAAUCGCACAGACUCUCCUCACUUUGAAAACUGCCCAUUCACUUGGCAUCGCCACCAUUUUCAAUCCUUCACCGCUACCGAGUCUCAAGGAAGUUGCAGAGCUGAUAGAUUGGGAUUGUGUUGACUGGUUGAUCGUUAACGAAGAAGAAGCUCGAAUGCUAAGAGAUCGUGCAGCCUCACGGAACCGCUGCAGCGCGCAGCUUGAAUGCGGAAAGAUUCCAGAUUUCGAACAAGAGCUAGCAGUUUUGCAAGACUUAAUCACCUUAUCAAUGGCCACUCUUUCAAUCGUUAUAACGCUGGGAUCACGUGGUUCUUUGCUAGCUUUUCGAAAUACCUCUUCCGUUUGGAUUGGCUUUCAUACACCUGCGAGUCCGGGAAAGCGGCCGGUGAUCAACACAACUGGCGCUGGGGAUUGCUUUACAGGUUUUCUGGUCGCUGAAUUGAUCAGGUUGAAGGAAAAUCCGGUCUCUCAAAAUCAAUUUUUGGAAAAAUUGAAAAGGUCCAUGCAGGUGGCUAGUCAAGCUGCUCGCUUGUGUGUCGAAAAUCACGGAACCAUUGAUAGCUACCCAUCGCUUGAAGAAAUCCUUAGUUCUCAAUCAUUUCCAGUCUGCUUAUUUUAG